AUGAUAUUCGUAGUUUUCGACAACACAUAUCAUAUUGGCACCUUUUGUACACCAUUUGGCCAAUCUUUCAACUGUACCGAUCAGCUACUUGCUUGGCCAGAUGCAUCAUUAGCCACGACAGACUCCCAGUUCGAAGGGAUUACUUAUAACUCAAUCAACGAUACCUAUUUCGUCGCACAAGAAACAAUCCCAACCGAGAUGAAAGAAGUUUUCCGGGCUAAUAUUUUUGAGAUUCGUAUCAUACUUACAGAUUCUACACCUAUUCGUGUACUAGAAUCUUGUACAAUCAAUUGGGACUUCCCAACAGAUAAUAAGGGUAUCGAAGGUCUCGAAUUUGUUACUCAUCAAGGUUCUGGUCACAGUUAUCUGUUGGGAUUAUGCGAAGCUAAUGAUUGCAAUCCUAAAUCAACAUCAAACAAUAAUGGACGCAUUUUAGUGCUUGAAAAGAAGGAAGCUACUAAAAAAUCACUUUGUAGUUGGGAACCAGUUGGCACACUUGUUAUACCAUCGACGGUUCAUUUCGACGACUAUUCAUCGUUGUCAAUUUACCAUCGAAAAGCAAAUGAGUUACCAGCGUAUGUUGCAGUAACCAGUCAACAGAUGAGUCAAGUAUGGGUCGGUAUGAUUGAAGAGAUCAAUCAAGCACCUUUCUUUUCACUUUCAUCAUUAAAUAAUAACACCAUUUAUGAUCUGCCAAGAACACAUGCAGCAACAUCAGAAUGUAGAAUAAAAUAUUGCAAUCUAGAAGGUGUAGCAUGGCAAGGCGAAUAUGAACUCAUCUUGGUGUCUGACAAGGCCAAAAAUAAUCAAGGUACUCAAUGUAUCGAGCAGGAGCAGAGUGUACACUAUUUUUUCAUUCCUCAAAAUUUCUCAAACUAA